AUGGCUGAUCUCAAGGUCAUCCACGCAUAUCGUCAUCUCUAUCGAGGCCUGCUCCACGCCGUCCAGUUCUCCAAGCCUUCUCGGUACAUAGCGCAAGCCCAGUUGAGAACGGCCUUCCGCGAGGAAGGGGCUACGUUUGACACCCGAAGCAUCGCCCGGACUGUGCGCUUCCUAGAAGCAGCCACCAGAACCAGCGGCUUGGAACAUAGCGUCCUGAAGAACCUUCUGAUGACGGCUUACUUCCGACAUUAUCAUGGCAACCGCACCUGGAAACACGUUCAAUUGAACGUGAAACAGAUGAAGAACAAGAAGGAUCAGGAGCACGUCCGACGCACGGCAUACAAACACUACGAUAUGACAGUCGCCAUGCUGAAUAAGUCGAUGGGCUUGUGCUUGCGAUAG